UGGUCUCUCCAGGCUUUGCUUCUCCUGUGAUCUGCCUGCUAUCUGACUGCAUUAAAUCCACCCAAACAAAUGCUCAAGACCGGCUGGCAUUAUGGGCGAUGUGAUUGAGGUUGACGUUCUUGUCAUUGGAGCAGGUAUCUCAGGGAUUUUUGCAGCCAAAUUUUGGCUGGAUACCCACCCUGGUUCUCGAUUGGUUAUUCUCGACAGGGAUAAUUGUAUUGGCGGGACCUGGAACUCGCGGCGCGGCUACGAUACCUUUUGGACUCAAUGGACGGUAGGAACGGCUGAAUUCUCGGACCAGCCCAUGCCACGACCACCAGAUGAGGACGUCUAUCUCGAGUUCUUCAAAGCCAAGCAUACGACAAAGUACCUCAACGACUAUGUCGAUUCGCAUAGCUACUCUGGGCAGACGUUGCGCGAUAGAGUUAAACUCUUAGCCGAAGUACAGUCGGUUCAGAAGGUCGAUGGAGGAUGGACUGUAGUGUCCAAAGAACGAGAGACCCCACUACAGCAUACGUUCAAAACCGCCAAAUUAAUUGUUGCUAGUGGCUUGACGUCAAUUCCUAAUAUACCUUCGCUACCGGGAAGGGAUGGUUUUCUCGGUCAAGUUCUACACCAGGACGAUUUCGGUUCGUCCAACGUCUUGACCUCACCAGAGGUCAAGAACAUCACCGUUCUAGGUGGUGGAAAGUCAUCGGCCGAUAUGGUGUACGAAUCCGUCAAAGCUGGCAAAACUGUGUCUUGGGUCCUAAAAGCCACCGAUACGGCUGGCCCUGGGUUUUUUCUCUCUCCAAAAGGAGUAGGCCCAUACAAAAAUGCAUUUGAGAUAGGCAUGACUCGACUAGCUGCAACUUUUACACCUUCUAUUAUGAAUGGGAUAAAUUGGUGGACAAGACUCCUUCAUUGUUCUAAGUAUGGCCCCAGACUAAUAGCUGGCUUCUGGGAAUCUGUCGACACGAAAGCUCGAACAGAGGCCAAUUACCAACGAAAAGGCGUACAAAACUUUGACAAGUUAUCCCCACACUCACCGAUAUUCUGGCAAAAUUGUACAGGUGGACUUCUUAACCACCCAGACUUCUUUGACACUAUUGCAGACAACGUUCGCAUUUAUGUCGGGGAUAUUGAAUGCCUUGACAAAGAUGUACUUCGCCUGAAAAGCGGCGACCAGAUACCUACCGAUGGUCUACUUUGCGGCACGGGCUGGCAGCCUUCACUCCAGUUCUUCUCCGAAGAGCAGUGCAGGCAACUUGGUCUACCGCACCUAGUAGACGACGAGUCUCCAGAUGAGAAAAGUCACUGGACGGCUCUCGAAACGGAAGCAGACGCCAAAGUUCUCGCUACCUUUCCGCAGCUUGAAACCCCUCCUCCCGUCUUCCUCAAGCCUAUCACAAAGUCUCCCUACCGGCUAUACCGGCAUGUUGUUCCUUUGUGCGAAUCAGGCAAUGCAAGUAAAGAUCGCUCUAUUGUCUUUAUUGGUCAAAUCGGGGUAGGUAACUACUUCCCCGUUGUGGAGUGCCAAUCAAUUUGGACGACCGCCUAUUUGGACGGAAAACUUGAUUUGCCGAGUAUAGAAGAGCAGGAAAAGGAUGUAGCCCUAUUCACAACGUGGUGUCGGCGUCGAUACCUUAGUAACGGGAUUCGGGGCAAUACUAUGACCUUUGAGCUUAUCGGAUACACGGAUACCUUGUUAAGAGACCUUGAUCUCCGCAGUAACCGCAAAGGCUGGUUCAAAGAUAUUUUCUUCUCCGUCUGGGCUAGGGACUUUGGGAGCUUGAAAGCAGAGUUCAUGGAGAAGUAUGGGUACAAUGAGAUCGAUAAAUAGAUAUGUCAACAUAUCUAGGUGAACGAGAACUGCAUAGAGAAACUUGACUUCUUAUUAAGGUAUCCUACACAUACAACAUUACUUUUCGAGAUAAAGUAUUUAGAGUGAAGUCUGUAUUUGGCCCUGUUUUAAUCAUUAGUGUCGUGCGGAGUACGUACUGAUACCGCCCCACGGCAGAUCAUCUUAUAUAUUACGUAUAG